CCGGGCAGAGCGCUAUAAAUACGGGCGCCGCACCGUGGCCUCCACGCCGCGUCGCCGGAGGAGCGCACGGGCCCCCUGACCGACCUUGCGGGCUAGGAGACCAGAACUGGAGGAGGCGACAUGAAGACUCUACUGCUGUUGGUGGGGCUGCUGAUGACCUGGGACAAUGGGCAGGUGCUGGGCGACCCGGAGGUCUCAGAGAGACAGCUCCGGGAAAUGUCCACUGAGGGGAGUAAGUACGUUAAUAAGGAAAUUAAAAAUGCCUUCAAGGAGGUGAAACAUAUAAAGUCUCUAAUAGACCAUACAAAUGAUGAGCGCAAAUCACUGCUCGUCAACUUAGAGGAAGCCAAGAAGAAGAAAGAGGAUGCCCUAACUGAUACCAAGGAUACUGAAAUGAAGCUGAAGGCAUCCCAGGAGGUGUGCAAUGACACCAUGAUGGCCCUCUGGGAGGAGUGUAAGCCCUGCCUGAAACAGACCUGCAUGAAGUUCUAUGCUCGCAUCUGCAGAAGCAGCUCAGCGCCGGAUGGCCACCAGCUGGAGGAGUUCCUGAACCAGAGCUCUCCCUUCUACUUCUGGAUGAACGGUGACCGCAUCGACUCCCUGCUGGAGAAUGACCGACAGCAGGCCCACGUAUUAGACGCCAUGGAGGACAGAUUCAGCAGGGUGUCCCGUAUUAUGGAUGAACUUUUCCACAACAGAUUCUUCACCCGGGAAGUCCUGGAUCCCUACCACUUUUCAUCCUUAGGCUUGUCCUCAGGGAGGCCUUUCCACUUCCAUCCCAAGACCCGCUUUGCCCGGAACUUAAUGCCUUUCCCCAUGUAUGGACCCCUGGACUUCCAGAAUUUGUUCCAGCCCCUCUUAGACAUGCUAAACCAGGCUCAACAGGCCAUGGAUGGCCAAUUCCAUGGAUCUUUCUUCGAACUCCCAAUGGAGGAAUUAACAGCAGAAGACAGUAACCGCUCUGUGUGCAAGGAGAUCCGUCACAACUCUACGGGAUGCCUGAGGAUGAAGGACCAGUGUGCCAAGUGCAAGGAGAUUUUGGCAGUGGACUGUUCGGCCGGCAGCCCCUCCCAGAGCCAGCUGCGCGAGGAGCUGAGCAGGUCCCUGGAGCUGGCCGAGAGGCUCACCGAGCAGUACGACGAGCUGCUCCGGUCCUACCAGCGCAAGAUGCUCAACACCUCCUCUCUGCUGAAGCAGCUCAACGAGCAGUUCAGCUGGAUGUCCCAGCUGGCCAACCUCCCUCAGCGGGAGGACCAGUACUCUCUCCAGGUCACCACGGUGGCUUCCCGCACCUCUGACUCCAGCGUUCCCUCGGGCUUCACUAAGGUGGUUCUGAAGCUCUUUGAUUCUGAUCCCAUCACUGUGACUGUCCCAGAAGAAGUCUCCAUGAACAAUCCUAAAUUUAUGGAGACCGUGGCAGAGAAAGCUCUGCAGGAAUAUCGCCAAAAGUCCCAGGAGAAGUGAAAUGUGAAUGUUGCUUUUCCAAGUAUGGGGGUGUCUGAGUCUGAAUCCAGUUGCCCUUGAGACGAGCCACAGACCCCUUAGAGGAGAGCUCUGCAUAUCACCAAGUCACCAGGCCCUGGCCUCAGGCCCUCCUGACCCACCCAGCCCUCCUCCCUCCGGAUCCCAGGUCCGGCCCUCUAAUGCCUGCUCUUGCUGCUCACGGGAAGGACUCCCCCUCAUGCCACUAACUCAAUAAAACUGCCUGUAUGCUCCA